AUGUAUGUGGAGGACCCAGUUGAGGGUUUACCUGCAGGCAGUAAUGAGCCGGAGCCAGUGCAUCUUUGUAAAGUAUGUGCUUCUGAUGAUCCUGGAGUGGAGCUUGGGGGGCUUACACGGGCCUCAAACUUGUUGGUCGAGGAGGAGGGCAAUGCUGGCCUCCGUUGUGAUCUGGAGGAGAAUGUAGAAUACUGGGCUUCGAGGGGGUUGUAUGAUAUCCCUAAACUCAACAAACUGGAGCCUGAGUAUGUGACCGGCAUCGAGGACAUCAUCACCCAUGCGGUUGAAACCAAGACCCCUCUGAGACACACCUACAAUGUGAGCUUCAAGGAAGCCAAGGCGGUGAUCACCAAAUGGCAGCCCUCAAUCGUUAAGGAGCUUGGAGUUGUUGAGCGUGGGUUCAAGAGAAUCACUACAAGGGAUGUUGCCAAGCUCAAGGAGACAACCACUGUGCAGGAGCUCCCGUCGAAGCUGGUGUACACCGUGAAGCCUCCGGCUGGUGAUCUUGCGGCUUCUGCGGUUUCGGAAGCAGAUGAGGCAGCUUACUGCAAAAGAAAGGCCAGAAUAGUUUGCUGCGGCAAUUACGCCGACGCGGACCAGGAGGAAUUGUUUGCAGGGGGCGCUGCCGCGGAGAGUUUGCGAUGCGCGCUCACCUACACCGCGCAUCGUCAGUGGCGAUCGGGAAUCACCGAUGUCACCGGAGCGUUCAUGCUGACUCCGCUGCCAACAGGACCUGGUCAAGUGGUGUAUAUCAUCAGACCACCAGCGGCCUUGAUCCAGCUGGGUUUGGCCACCGAAGACGAAAGGUGGCAGCUCACGCAUGGAAUGUACGGACUCCGUCAGAGUCCUAAGUUAUGGGCGGCUUUCAGAGAUGGCGAGAUUACCAAGAUGACGAUCAGCCACCUGGAAAAAAGAUGGACCAUGAAAAAGGGAGUUGCAGAGCCCAACCUAUGGCUACUUUAUGAAGUCGAUGGACCGACCGAUCAGGAGCCAGCUGGGCUCAUUCUGCUGUAUGUGGACGAUAUCCUACUAUGUGGCCCACUUUGGUUGGUGCAAGCCGUUUCGUCCUCGAUCAGGGGUGUGUGGAAGGCUUCCGAGCUUGACCUGUUGGAUGUUGAUCAUGAAAUCAGGUUCCUUGGUUGUGAAAUCGCGGUCAGUGAAGACUACAGCGCGAUCUACAUCCACCAGAGGCCGUAUAUUGAGGAGAUCCUCCGGCAGUAUGCCACACCGGAGACUGAGCAGUCUCCGAUCCAGGCACCGAAGGAGCUGGUGACGUUCGAAGCUUAUGAUGGAGAGUCGGCUGGAACAGAGGAUGAAAUUAAACGGGCCCAAAAGGCCUGUGGAGAACUCCUCUGGAUUGCCCAACGGAGUCGACCUGACAUCUCCUACGUUGUGUGUGCCAUGGGCUCUCUGUUGACGCGGGCCGCUCCGCGCUGUCUUGAAAUAGCACGGAGAUUGCGCUCUUACUUACAGCGCACCAAGAACCUUGCCCUGGCCUUGCGACCGGUCCGGGAAGGCUUUUCGGUUUACACGGACAGCUCCUUUGCCCCAGAGGGUGCAAAGAGCCACUCUGGCCUGGUGGCCGUGUGGUUGGGAGCACCAAUUUGCUGGCGUUCGGCACGCCAGCCGUUCGUCUGCCUGAGCACGGCAGAAUGCGAGUUACUUGCAGCCACCGAAGGGCUGAUCAUGGGCAAGAGUAUCGUCUCGGUGAUCAACGAGAUGUUUGAGACGAAUCACAUCACGGUCCAUGUCGACAACCAGGCGGCCGUGACAAUCGCCAAGCCGACGUCGUCGGCAUCUUGGCGUACCCGCCAUUUACGAGUUCGGGCCUCCUACAUCCAUGAGCAGGUGGAGCUGGGACAAGUGUCUGUCGAAUACGUUCAAGGAAAGCAUCAGUGGGCCGAGAAAGCUAUGGUCAAGAUGAUGGUGAUGUGCAUGAUGAUUCAGACUUCUCGGGCACAGGAGGAGGAACCCCUGGCAUUAACAGCCUCCUUGGACAUCUACGUGAUGGUGAUUAUCUUGGGGAUAGCUGUUGUGGCGGCUUGGGAGUUCUUAUGGUGGUGUGUUGAUCACUGCUGUGGGGAAGUGAGACCUUCGAGAGGAGCGCGACGGUUGCGGAACCUACAGGAGACAAUCCAGCGCGAGAUUGAGCUCCAAAUGGCUGAGAGGCAAGUGCCACCCACACCGCUACCGGAGACGCCGUUGGCAUCACCAACUUCGGACCUCGACGGCGACUAG